AUGGAAAAUCUUGAAAAACUGCAACCAACAGAGGGCAGAAAGAAGAAAGUGUCCAUUGGAACCAUUAACGUUAUGCCCGUCAUUAAACAGGGAGAUCAAGAAUUUCAUAUUUCUCACGAUGAAGAGGAGAAACUGAACGAAUUCCAAUCAAUUAGUGGAUUCCCCGAAGAUGAUCUUGCCGACAUUAUAAGGCAUCUCCAAAGUAAUAGUUGGAAUUUAGAAUUAGCAUUAGGCUCCUACUUCGAUGGUAACUGGAAAGAACAAUUAAAUGCUCUUCAAGUACCAGAACCAGAACCUGUUGUAGAAACACUCCCACCGGUCCCGGAAAGAGUAGCGUUUACACCUCAUACCUCCAAUGGACCUUCAUCAUUUAUGAUGAUCCCAUCUUUCCCUGUAGUUAAAAAAUUGCCAAUGGGAUUCAAAGACAAGUAUCGUAUGCUGGGUAUCAAUAGUGAUACUGCCACCCACCUCGUGACGAAUCCGUUCCUCUUAAUAUUAUUGUUUGUCCCUAAAUUACUUUUCAAGUUGGGGACCUUCAUUUGGACUUUAUUGACAAUGGGGUUUACCAACCAUCUGCCAGGUCAUGACCGUAAUGCUUCUGUACGUGAAGUGCCUCAGAAACCUCAAAUGAUUGAAAUGGAAAGAGAACGACUUAGUGGGUUUUUUGAUGAUAGAAUAAAUUCCUUGAUUGAAUGGAAUAAAUCAUAUAAUGAAGUGUUGGAAACGGUGCAGAAUGAAUUUAAGUUUGGCUUAGUGAUUCUAAUAGGUGACAUCCUAGGAGCAGCAAAUGAGCGUUUUGAUGAGAAAAGUGAUUCCGAAACCGUAGAGAAAGAGGAGGAACCUUUUUUAAAUGGAACCAUUGAUUUAAAUUCACAAAAGUUUAUUGAAAAGAUUAUAGGUGACGAUUCUGUUAUUGAUUUGUUGGAAAUGUACAGAGACGAUUUAGUUAUAUAUUGUGGAUCUGUUGUAGAACUGGAACCUUGGCUUGUCUCAAAGCAAUUUGGUAUCAAGUAUACACCUGAAUGCUUCAUUGUUGGGAAUGUGAUCAAUGGUGAUGGAAACGUUAAUAAGCUGUCAUUAUUAUCAAGAAUUAAAGUGAAUUCCAGCAAAAGAUUUCAGACUACCCUAAAGGCUGUGUUUGAUCGUUUCAGACCAGAUAUGGUCGUUAGUAGAACGGAGAGGAAUGAAUUGGAACUUGCGAGAAAGAUUAGACAAUCACAGGAGGAAGCCUAUCAAAACUCAUUAAGAAAAGAUCAAAUAAAAGAACAAGAAAAGACCAUUAUUCGUGAAGAAAAGAGGCUACAGGAGUUGGAAGAAAAAAUGAAAAAAAUAAAAGAAACAUACGGCAAACUAAAAUGGUUGAAUGAGUGUUUAUUGAUCCUUGAAGGUGAUAAGAAUGAUCUUCUUAAUUCAUCCUCUCAUUCUACGGAAGUAAAGAUGGCAACUUUACAAAUUAGAACUGCACAGGGGAAACGAUUAAUAAAGAAAUUUGAUAGUCAAACAACGUUACAUGACAUCUAUAUAAAUAUUGGGUGUCAUUUAUUCUUAAACAAUCAUUCUUUGGAUAUUAAGGAAUGGAGUGAAAGUAUUGUUGACAAGAUUAAGGAACUAAGUGAGGAUGGAGAUGUGUUGUGUUUUGCAGAUAGAGAUAUUGUAGAAGAAGAACUUAUUUCCGAUACGGCAGAGAUCAAACCAAUCAUUCAAGAGGAGCUAAUGAAAUGGGAGACAGAAAUGAAUAGCAUCAAUGAGGACAAGCCCUUUGAGCUGGAAUUCGACUUUGAAUUAGUUUCGCCCUACCCAAGAUACAUUGUUCCAGUCAACAAGAAUACGACAGUUAAGGAAGUGACGCAGUUAUGGCCCAACGGUAAUUUAUUGGUAGAGGAUAUAGUUGUUGAUGAAGAGAUGAGUGAUGGUGAAGAUGAGGAGGAAUAUUUAGAGGAUAAUUAA